AUGACAUCCUUGGCGGAUGCAUUGGGCAGCUUUGUAGCUGCUACACCGUCUGAAAGAUAUCAAUUUUUGGAAGCGUUGGUGCGAGAGUGUCAUGUUCGCGAACUUUCCGACUUGGAGUCAAUGAUUGUGCCGCGACUCAAAGUGGACUUUCUUCAGCGUUUGCCUAGGGAGGUGGCGCUGCAUACCCUCACGUUUCUUGAUGACUGCAGCUCCCUUGUUCGUGCUUCGGCUGUUAGCCAAACAUGGUAUCGACUGGCUACAGAUGAAUACAUUUGGGGCUGGAUGUGCGUGCGCUAUGGGUACCAUACUCCGCAACACCUUGACUGGCUCGUAGCGAGUUUGGUCCCAGCCUCUUCCUUGGAGAUGCAAGAAAAGGAUGAGAGCAUGGCAUUAGAUGGUGUAAAAGCCCGGCGGCGGCGCUCCUUCUUUGCCGGUUCAAUCGACCGGCUUCCGCCACCCGGCCAGAGCGGCACCGUGGCGUUUCGGGACUAUUUCCGGUUGGCCUACUUGACAGCAUGGCACUGGCAGAAGGGAGGCCGUAUUCUUUCGACCUAUGUGACCGAAGAGCUAGCGGAUGCUGACCCAGACCCCAAUCGACGCCUGGCCCUCACUUGCUGUGCUAUGGACCGUGACUGGAUCGUCGUGGGUUUGACGAACAGUUGCAUCUAUGUGUUCUCAAAGCGCACGGGUAAGCUAGCGAAUGUGCUGCAGGGCCAUGAAAGUGGUGUAUGGUGCCUCUUGCUGGCAACGGGUACCCAACGCGGAACGCCGUACGUGAUGCAUAACGCCCCGCUUGGUUUGCAGCUUGCGCAGUCAGACGAUAGGCCUGCAGCGAUGCUCCCGCUGGUCGAACAUGGUGGAUUGUCUGUGCGGGAUGCUGCCUAUGCGGCCGAGCGCUGUCAGGCCACUGAUACCGCUUGUGGCCGCACGCACGGCUGGGGCCGUACAGAGACGCUGGUCGUUAGUGCUGGCUCCGACCGGAGCCUUCGUGUAUGGGAUGUGGCAACGGGACACUGCAUGCAAGUGCUGCAUGGUCAUACCUCCACGAUACGAUGUGCUCAAGGCAUCCCCGGACAACCGUUUUUUGUGACAGGUUCCCGCGACGGCACCCUGCGUGUGUGGGAUCUCGAGAGGGGCGUGGUGCGACAUGUGUUGGCUGGGCACCAGCACUCAGUACGGUGCCUGGCCGUGCAUGGACACCAGGUGGCGAGUGGCAGCUAUGACUUCACGUGUCGCGUGUGGGAUUGGACCCGGGGGCAGUGCCUUCACGUUCUCAAGGGGCACCAGCUGCAAGUGUAUGCGGUGGCUUUUGAUGGGACGCAUGUUAUCACUGGCAGCUCUGACUCAACAGUACGGGUAUGGAGUGCGACGACUGGAGCGAUGCUGGCCAUGUUCCAAGGCUAUACGCAUGUGGUUGCCCACUUGCAGCUCUUCGGCGAUAUGUUAGCAACGGGAAGCAGUGACGGCCGCGUGCUUGUGUAUUCGCUGCGGACGUUGGAAUGCCUGUACCGGCUUUGUGCUCACGAUAGUGGUGUCACCACCCUGCAACUGAACGACCGCUACAUGGUCACGGGUGGCUCGGAUGGCCUUGUCAAGUUAUGGGACGUGACCACCGGGCGCUUUCUGCGAUAUCUGUGUGAGCCGUGUGAGACGGUGUGGUCGGUGCGCUUCGAUGACGAUACAUGUGUGAUCCUGGCCAAGCGACACGGUAAGUGCGUCGUAGAGAUCAUGUCGUUGCGGCCUAUGUAG